CACGGUGACUUCAUGAAGAAGAAGGUAGCUACUGGAGGCUACGAAAUCUUGGAACGGAGUGAUAGCGUUCUUAAUCCGGGAGUUGUCCGCUUCGGGUCAGCCGAGCUCUAUAAUGUGAUCGGUCGAUUCAAGUGGGAUGUUCUGGACUGUAUCGUCGUUGGGCGAAGGCGACCUGGAGGUUCGGAUGAGGUGGUGGUAAUGUUUCUGAAGCUCACACCGGAUCUCACUCGUACUCCGUCUCUACUUACCUCAAUCAGGAAGUCUACCGGAACAAGUCUGAGUCCGCGGCACAUUCCGAAGUUUAUACUCCAGGUGCGGGAUAUUCCCUAUACUGCGAAUGGAAAGAAGGUGGAGAACGCUGUCAAGGUCAUCGUCAGUGGACAGAGCCUUGUUGCAUCGGGAAUGGUGGUUAAUCCUGAAUUUCUGGAUGAAUACCGCCAGUUUGUGGACCUGGGCGGUGCAUCUAGGAUGUCAGCGAAGAUCUGAGCAAUACCAUAAUGUAGAGAAAUUGCCAUCUGUGUCUUUCUAAAAGAUGAGUCCUGGGAGAGCUAGUCAUG